UAUUUUUAUUUAUUUACAUUUUCCGGAUUUAUUUAUUUAUGAAUUUAAUAAUAAAUGUAAAAUAUGAACACAGAACUAAUGUUAAAUUUGUCCGUCUCAGAUUUUGAGCUUGUUUGUAGGCUGUGCUUAGCAAGAGAAGACUUAAAACCUUUUGAAAAACAUGUGGAAGAUAUUUUGAGAAAAAUUGCAGAUAUUGAGUUUCACGUACCUGACAACAUGCCUCAAAAUAUCUGUGGGUUUUGUACAACUAAAAUUGAACAAAUUAAGAGGUUUGCAACAUCUACAAAAUUAAUUGAUUCACAUCUUAAAUUUCUUUUAACAUUUAAAGAGACAGAAACGUUCCAUAGCCAAGAAGAAAAUAAUAUUGAUGAAGAAGAAGAUGAAAAUGAGGAAAAGAAAGUCUGUGAUAUUAUAAAUAAUGGUUUUGAUUUAAAUCCUGAAUACAAAAAUAGUCAAUGUGAAGAAAAUGAAACUCAUAAAGACAAAAAAUUUAAAUGCUCCCUUUGUGAAAAACAAUUUAAUUUUCGUUAUAAGAUGAAGGCCCAUAUCCGAGCUGAACAUUCAGAAGAACAGCCAUUUGAAUGUAAAGUUUGUGGAAAAAAGUUUAAGUUUUCCCAAAACCUUGUGAGGCAUGAUAAAACUACACAUCAAGGAGUCAAACCAUUUAAAUGUGAAAUAUGUGGAAAAGAAUUUUCUAGACAGGAAAGAAAGAAACACCAUAUGAGAACCCAUUCUUUCGAAAUACCAGACAGUUUAAUAUAUUUUUCUUGUAAACGAUGUGGGAAAGCAUUUACAAGUCGUUUGGAAUAUCGCCAACAUCUCCAGGAACAUAAAGUCAAAAAAGAAAAUUUGAAUACGAAUUUUGCUUGUAAAUUAUGUGAUAAAGUAUUCUCUUCCAAAUACGUUUUACAAAGCCAUAUGGUCAUACAUAAUGUCAAAAAGGAAUUUCUAUGCACUGCUUGCGGUCAGGAAUUCCAUAGGAAGAGCUAUUUGGAAUCCCACUUAAAAAUUCAUUCUGGAGAAAAGCCAUAUGAAUGCAAGCAGUGUGGGAAAAAGUUUAGGCAACCUACUGCAUAUGCUACACAUCUAAUAAUUCAUACAGGUGAAAGGUUGUAUAAGUGUAAUAGUUGUGAUAAGACUUUCAAGCAAAAAACACAUUUAAAGCGUCACGAAUUGUUACAUACAGGAGAAAAACCUUACAAAUGUUCUUAUUGUGAUAAAAGUUUUACUCAAAAUAGUAACCUGAAAGCACAUACAAGGAUACAUACUGGAGAGACGCCAUUUUAUUGUUCAGAAUGUCCUAAAGCAUUUUAUGACUCUGGUAGUUUAAAGAAGCAUAAAAAAGGGCACACUAAAACGUAAGGAAAUUGUUAGAUAGAGGAUGAAAUGAUUGAAUUGUUUUCUAUGAAAUAUAAAAAAACGUUUUAAAUAACAAAUGAACAGAAUAACAGAAGAAGAAGAUGAAAAAGAAAAAUGUACUGAAUA